AUGGACAAUGUUUUAAACUACUUAACAUUAAACAUUCUAAUGACAAAUUAAUAUAUUGAUGCUAAUGAAAAGUAAGGAAAUCCAAUUAAAACAGUCUUGAAGAAUUUUUAUGCAACAGCAAAGUCAGAUCUUUCACUUCAUUAUGAACUAAGGAUAGGAGAAAAUUAUCUUACUUAGAGCACUAAUUCAUUAUCCAACUUGCUUGGUUAAUAAAAUUUGACAUACUACACUAUUAGAGAUGAUUCUAUGCAAAUAGGAGUUAAUAAUAUGUCGGAUAAUCUGAUAACCUGUCAGAUACUUCUUGAUGAUGUGGUUACCUCGACUAAGUUAGAAUUAUUUACAUUAUCAGAUGCUCUAUCAAAUACUGGAGGUAUCAUAGGAAUUAUCACAAUCGUUGCUUAAGUAUUAGUUUCAAAUCUGCAGGAAUACCUGUAUUACCAAUCAAUGAUUAAAUAAUAAUUUUAAAUCACCUCUGAUUUACUUGUGAAAUAGCACUAAAAUGUAAGGAUUGAAUAAAACUAGGGUAAUUAAGGACUACCAUCCACUUUGAAAGACUAAAACAUUUAAAAAGUAACUACACUUGAAAGCUUAAUUAAUGACUUAAAAAAAUGA